UCUGCUCAUGUGAUCCAGUAUGGAGGCAUUGGCAUAGGAAUUGUUGCUUGUUGGGAACCAGGGAAUGAGACUGUUAGGUGGAAACUGUGUCAUUUUAAAUACUAUAAGGCCAGGCAUGUACAUAUUUAAACUUCUAAUGUUACAGAAAUGAAGGGAAUAUGGUUGCCAAAGAGUCACAGAUAGGAUUCCUUAAGUAUGAUGAGGCCAUCAAACAAGGUGGUACUUCUAACAAGCCAGGUAUAGCUACCUUGAGGCUGAAGAUGCUGUAAUACUGAUGGGAAGCGCCUUAUAAACAGAGUGAAAGAGAGACAGAGAGAGAAUUUCAGCAUUCUUGAAGCAAUCCAUCUCAGGCAUUACUAACUUGAUAAGAAGAAGCAAAGAGAUUAGUGAUGGACGUCGACGAGGAAUUUUACAUGAUCACAGAUGAGGAAGUGGAGGAAAUCAGUAACUCCCUAGAAUCAGGCAACUUGGCCGAUGCAGCAACAAGAAUAUUAGAAAACAUGAAACAACUAGAAAAUGCCAAGCUUGACAUUGCUAUCACAGGAGAGUCUGGUUCAGGAAAAUCAACCUUCAUCAAUGUUGUCAGAGGUCUAGAAGAUGAUGAGGUAGAUGGAGCCGCAAAGACUGGGGUUGUGGAAACUACCAGAGUGCCAGCACCAUAUCCACACCCAAAUUAUCCAAACGUGAGGUUGUGGGAUCUUCCAGGAAUUGGAACCCCCAACUUUAGUGCUGAUAAAUAUCUGGAGCGAGUAAAUUUUAGUACAUAUGACUUUUUCAUAAUCAUUGCUUCAGAGCGUUUCAGAGCGAAUCAUGCCAAACUAGCUACAGAGAUUCAGAAAAUGCAAAAGAAAUUUUAUUUUGUACGUUCCAAAGUGGAUGCAGACCUGUAUGCAGCACAGAAACGUCGGAAUACUAGUUAUAACGAACUGAAUACCCUGAAUGAAAUCAAGGAUAACUGCAUCAUGUGCUUGCAAGAUGGAGGUUUAGUCUCACCACCUCAGGUAUUUCUUAUCUCUAGCUUUGAGCUUGGCAAGUACGAUUUUCAUGACCUAGAAAGCACUCUUGAGAGGGAACUACCAGAACAUAAGAGACAUGCAUUCCUGCUCUGUCUACCAAAUCUUUCAAUUCGUAUCCUAGAAAAAAAAAUUGAAGUCAUGAGAAAAACAAUAUGGAAAUAUGCAACAAUAUCAUGUGGCAUUGCAACUGUUCCUAUCCCAGGACUCUCAGUUGCAUGUGACAUUGCCAUAUUAGUAAAAGCGCUAACCAAAUAUCGUGACAGCUUUGGCCUGGAUGAUGAUUCUUUGCGUAACUUAUCUCGAAGAGUUAACAAACCUGUGAAAGAGCUUAUGGCUGCUGUCAAAUCACCUCUUUCCAAAGAAAUUACAUCUACUGUUGUGAAAAAAAUGCUAACCAAUGCUGUUGGAGGUGGUCUCAUGCUGGUUGAGUAUAUAGUCAGUACUAUACCACUAAUUGGCACAGCUGCUGCAGGUGGAAUCUCAUUUGCUACCACAUAUUACCUCUUGAGGAAAUUCUUGGAUGAACUUGCCAAGGAUGCUCACAGUGUGCUAAUCACAGCUCUUGGCACCGAAGUCUAAUGCAGCUGAAAACAUUACAUGCCGAAAUUUCCAGUAUACUCUAUAGUCAGGAUAAAAAAAGAUCUGAAGUAGCUAACUUCAUUUAUCUGCAAUCUGUGGGUAUUCGGAUCCAUAUCAGAUCCGAGCCGCAACAUUUUUCCAAGCAUCUGCUCCAAGCUCCUCCCCUUACCCAUAAUCCCUCACAUCUCCUACCUUCCCUCAGAUCUCAUUUGCCGCUUCAUGCAUAUGCAUUGUGGUCUCUUUAGCUCCAAGUUGGGAGAAGUAAGUGAAAACUUUUUUCUGAUAUAUUUAGAGUGUGUGUGUGUGUGUGUGUGUGUGUGUGUGUGUGUGUGUGUGUGUGUGUGUGUGUGUGGUCGAUAGUCAACCCUUUCCUCCCCUUCAUUGUUAGUAAGUUUUUCUGUAAAGAAAAAAAAAAAGUAAGUUAAAAGUUAGUAAGUUAGUGUGUAGGCCUAACCCAACCUUAGUGUGUGUGUGUUAAUUUUGGGUUCAGUUUUGGCUGAGUGGGUUUUUGUGAUGGCUGAGCAGCCAAAACCAACUUUUAAAAAUGCACAGUGUGUGGCCACAAGCUUUCCCCGGCUGUUGGCCACACUCUGUGUGUUAUUUGCCUGCGUGUUCCCCACAUAUCUUUGCCUUAUAGUGUUUGUGCAGGGUUCAACCCUAGGGCCUUGAAGGAAAGCAAAGCAAAGCUGGUAGCUAAGGGCCUGCUACCAGUUUCUGCCUUGGACAUGGUGACCUCGACCUUGGCUCCAGUAGCUGAUCAACCCCCCCCCCCCCCAGGCUGGGACUCAACCGCCCUCUAAGCCUUCUGACGUGGGGACUGAAAGUAAAGAGAAACAAGAAAAAGAGAGAUAAGGACAAGAGAGGGGACAGGCACCACAAGCAGUCUCCAGAGUGGGAGCCCUUUCCUAGCCCACCUACAAAAGUUAUCAGGACUACCUCUCCUUGGCUCCACUCCCUGAUGUUCUCCCCAGAGCUGACUGAGCCCUCAGACCAGAGGCCUUCUUCGAGGUUGUCACAGUGACCAGCCAGAUCUGAGUCAGUCUCCUACUCACGUUCAACUCAGAGUCUGUCGGAGCUAGACAUGGACAGGAUGAUAUGGAGGUUCAUUCGGACCCAAAUCCAAAUGGGAGCCUUGCCAGACCUCUCUCCGUCUGGAGAGACAACCUCCAUCUCCUUCUUCCAUCCAAUCUCUUCUUCCCCAAUCCGACCUGUGGUUUUGGGGUUUAUGGAUCUACUGCUGUUAUAGAGUUGCUCAGAGUUUGGAUAGUGGCAAACUCAAUCUGAGGGGAAGGUAGGAGAUGUGAGGGAUUAUGGGUAAGGGGAGGAGCCUGAAGCAGAUGCUUGGAAAAUGUUGCCGGCUCGGAUCCAAUAUGGAUCCUAAUACUCACAGGUUGCAGAAAAUGAAGUACAACUACUCAGAUGGAAUGUUAUGGUGAGUACAUAACUUCUUUUUAUGCAGUACCUCUUUUUUCAGGGGCUCAAGGAGGCAAAAUCUAUAUAAAGACUUGGAUUCUAAUAAGUGUUGCCAUUGUAAAGCUGAGCAUUUUAGUAAACAGUGUGCUGUUUAUAUUAAUAUAGUAGCAUUUAUGGAUCUAGACAAAUGAAUAGUUGUUUAUAUUGAUUUCAGAACCUGAUUUUGUUAAAAGCAUUGUUGGACAUUACAUUGCAAGUUUCAAGCACUCCGGUGAAGGCAAUGAGCUAAAAAUAGUAAUAUUUUAAUGCUUUGACAUUUUCAGCCACUGUGUAUUAUAUUCAGUUAAUUGUUAACUGAUUCAUAUUGUCCUAUAUUUCGUGAAAUAUUUUUGUAGUGAUGAUAACCACUAUAGCUUAUUCCUUUUAUGCAGUAAAGACUGAUGUUUACUGUG